AUGCCAGCAUCGAGUAACCAUGGAGACACCAUUGUGCGCACGUCGUCUCGUAGCCAUCUCGAUGGAGACAAUCACGGUGAUGGUGACUCUCUCGGACCGGAACCUAGCGGGGAGUCCGACUCGGAAGUGGAGAACAAUAAGUUCGCCUUCUCACCGGGCCAGCUCAAUAAACUCAUCAGCCCCAAGUGUGUAGGCGCUUUUGGCGCUUUUGGCGGGUUAAGAGCGUUGGAAAAAGGUCUCCGAACCGAUGUGCGGAGCGGCUUGAGCAUGGAUGAGACAGUGUUGGAUGGCACGGUGGGCACUGACGGGGUGGUUGCACAAUCCUUCAUGCCACCACAACUGGCCAGCGUAGAAGGACUGGCAGUCAAGCAGCCACAGGACAGAUUCGUGGAUCGGCGAAGGGUGUUCGGAAUCAAUAAGCUUCCGAAGAAGAAACUGAAAUCAAUUUGGGAGCUCGUGUGGAUCGCGUACAAUGAUAAGGUGCUAAUCCUGCUAUCAAUUGCCGCUGUCGUCUCCCUCGCCGUGGGUAUUCCGCAAUCUGUGCGAGGAACGGGGGUGGAAUGGGUGGAGGGAGCAGCGAUCGUCGUCGCCAUCGUUGUAGUCGUCGCCGUCGGUGCGGCGAAUGACUGGCAGAAAGAACGGCAAUUCGCGAAGCUUAACCAAAAGAAAGAGGAUCGAUAUGUGAAGGUCAUCCGAUCAGGGAAGAUGGCGCAGCUGUCGACCUAUGAUAUCAUGGUCGGGGACGUGAUGUGCCUGGAACCGGGCGAUAUAAUCCCAGCCGAUGGGAUCCUGAUUGACGGGCAUGGAGUUAAAUGUGAUGAGUCUUCAGUCACAGGAGAGUCAAGCCUCCUGCGGAAGAUCCCAGGCGACAAAGCGUAUCGGGCAGUUGAGCAGAACGAAGACUUGAAGGGACUGGACCCGUUUAUCGUCUCGGGGUCCAAGGUUGAAGAGGGUAUGGGGACUUUCCUGGUCACUGCUACUGGCAUUCACUCGACCUACGGCCGAACCAUGAUGUCUCUCCAGGAUGAGACCGAGAUCACCCCGCUGCAGGUCAAGCUCAAUGUGCUGGCAGAUUAUAUUGCCAAGGUCGGCCUUACCGCAGGCCUGAUACUGUUUGUGGUGCUAUUCAUCAAAUUUCUGGUCCGCCUCAAGGAUAUUGAUGGCGGUGCAGAGGCCAAAGGCCAGGCCUUUCUACGGAUUUUCAUCGUGGCGGUCACCAUUGUCGUCGUAGCAGUGCCUGAAGGGCUGCCAUUGGCUGUCACCCUCGCUCUUGCCUUUGCAACAACAAGGAUGAUCCAGGACAACAACCUCGUGCGCUUGCUGCGUGCAUGUGAGACCAUGGGAAAUGCCACGACCAUUUGCUCCGACAAGACUGGGACGCUCACCGAGAACAAGAUGAGCGUCGUGGCCGCGACUCUAGGCACCAUGUCACGAUUCGAUGAGCAAUCGAACAAUACGGCGGCCAGCACACGAGGCCCUGCAAUUCUUUCAGCCUCAGAGUUUGUAUCUAGACUUUCAUCAUCAAUCAGAAACCAUCUAUUGCAAUCGAUCGUGCUCAAUUCGACUGCGUUCGAGGCUGAGCGUGACGGAGUAACGACGUUUAUCGGAUCUAAGACGGAGACGGCGUUUCUGUCAUUCGCGCGAGACCAACUCGGGCUUCGGCCAGUGAGCGAGGAGAGAGCGAAUGUGAAUAUUGUGCAGAUCUUUCCGUUCGACUCAAGUCGCAAAUGUAUGGCCGUAGUCUUUCGGAUGGAUUGUGGAAAGUAUCGGAUGCUCGUUAAAGGUGCUGCAGAGAUCUUACUACGUCAAUCGUCACAGGUCAUACAGCAUGCAAGCAAUGGUCUGGAGGAUGUCCCACUCUCCGGGGAGUAUAGAGCCGCGCUAGAUACCAUUAUUACCGAUUAUGCGUCUCGUUCUCUGAGAUGUAUUGCGCUUGUGCAUCGUGACUUCGAAAGAUGGCCGCCUUAUGGGACAUCAACGCUUGAAAGUGACGGCGAAAUGGCAGACUUUGAGCCAGUUUUCAAAAACAUGACGAUGCUAGGCAUCUUCGGCAUCCAGGACCCUGUCCGUGAAGGAGUCCCUGACGCAGUCCGCCAGUGUCAGCGCGCUGGAGUGUUCGUCAGGAUGGUGACUGGCGACAGUAUUACCACAGCCAAAGCCAUCGCUCAGCAGUGCGGCAUCUACACGCCUGGUGGAAUCGCUAUCGAAGGGCCUGAAUUCCGCCAGCUGAGCCAUGAUCGGAUGGACGAGCUCAUCCCAAAUCUGCAGGUCAUCGCGCGGUCAAGUCCAGACGACAAGAAGAUGUUGGUCGGCUACCUCAAGAGACUUGGCGAGACUGUCGCCGUGACUGGGGAUGGGACAAAUGACGCGCAGGCACUUAAGACGGCUGAUGUCGGCUUUGCAAUGGGUAUCACAGGCACUGAAGUUGCUAAGGAGGCGUCAGACAUUAUCAUAAUGGACGACAAUUUCGCAUCAAUUGUCAAAGCGAUAGCAUGGGGACGCACGGUGAAUGAUGCCAUCAGAAAAUUUCUGCAGUUCCAAAUAACCGUCAACGUCACUGCUGUCGCUCUUACAUUUAUUUCUGCUGUUACCAGUAAUGAUGCGGAUUCUGUACUCAGCGCAGUGCAGCUGUUGUGGGUCAAUCUCAUCAUGGACACCUUCGCUGCUCUUGCACUUGCGACCGAUCCUCCUUCGUCUUACGUUCUCAAUCGCAAACCUGAUCCCAAAUCUGCGCCGCUAAUAACCUUGACAAUGUGGAAGAUGAUCGUUGGUCAAGCCGUCUAUCAACUGGCUGUGACGCUCUUCCUGUAUUUUGAUGGACAUUUCAUCUUCCCAGAGUGGAAUAGCAGGUGUAUGCAGACAGUGGUGUUCAACACUUUUGUCUUCAUGCAGGUAUUCAAUCAGUACAACUGCCGCCGGAUUGACAAUCGGACAAAUAUUAUGGAGGGUAUCCUACGCAAUACGUGGUUUAUUAUCAUCCAGGUCAUCAUCAUCGGCGGGCAGGUCUUGAUCGUCUCCGUGGGUGGGAAAGCCUUUUCCGUGCAGCGACUUGACCAGCCCUCCCAGUGGGCAGUGAGCAUUUUGCUUGGAGCUUUUGCCAUACCGGUAGGGGGAUUGAUUCGCCUGAUCCCGGAUACAGUCAUCUCCAAGUCUAUUUCAUAUAUCUGGCCCCGCAUGAAACGUUCUCGGCUAGACGCUUCCAGAAAAAGCCGAUUUUACAGUCGAGAUCUGGGACGCAAGGAAAUUAGCGAUCAACUUGCAUUCAUGAGGAGGGUCCGAGGGGGGCGACUGAGGCAUAUAAUACACAAGCAUCCCCAGGUUUUUUUCCAGUCCCGCCGUAACUCCAAACCCCCCUAUACCUCUAUGCCGCCCACAGUCGUCGAAGAAACGGCCGCCAAUGACAAUACCGCGGAUAUUUAUUCGACGUCCGCGCCUGUAUCUGAGAGGACACCUUUGAUUCGUGGUAACGGGACGAGUCUCAGCCGAUGUCAAGUAUAG